AUGGGCAUUAACAUUAUCCGCUUACUCCUACACAAUGAAGUAUACCCCCGGAAACAAAAGUGUCGUUGCCGACGCCUUAAGCAGAUUCCAAUUGUUGAGGGCACGGCAUCCGGCACACCUCCGUUCGAGGUUGUUCACCCAGUACAAAGCCCAGAUGAAACACCAAUCAAAAGUCACCUCAUUAGGACCAUGAUCCACUCCUAUCACAGAUUGGAACUCCUGCAACCGGCUGUCCAAGGACGAGUUUGCAGUAAACAAGAGGCCAUGAAACAAAACUAUGGUACCCACACUAGGUCGCGAACAAUUGGUGCCGAUGACAAAGUCUACACUCGACUCGUGCAUGAAGAAAACUGGCAACCGGCCGUCGCCCAACACUGUAACAGUCAAAUUGAAGAACUUGAACUUUCAGAUGGACGGAUUGUCAGGCGACAUUUGGAUCACGUGCAUUCUGAGACACCAAAGAAUGCAGAUGAUGACGCAAAGGUUGAAAUAGUGUCGGUGACAGAAGAUGAGCUCCCCACCAUCGAGCUCCCCCACACCACACAGAGGGUUCCUAACAUCCUCGAAGCAAAAGUUUUGCCUGUUGAGGCAGUGACAUUCAGCUGCAUCGGCAAAUUCCAGUGUCCAGCAUCCUCAUUGUGUCUCUGGUACUCAGCCCGAUGUGACGGGGUUAAAGACUGUCCUUCAGGGGAAGAUGAGCUGGGAUGUGUACGGGUUAGCGGGAAGAGUUCAGUGGUGCAGAUCUACGCGGGCGGUGUGUGGAGGACCGUGUGCUGGGAGGGAUGGAACACACUGCACGGGACCGCGGCCUGUAAACAGCUGGGAUACAGCAGCUACAUAAACUCCACGGAGCUUCCCAUCACAUCCGUCGAGGAGACGCUGAGGCACAACUUUGUGGAAGUAAAUUUCAGCCGGCGUGUAUUCCAAGUACAAAUGGUCGUGUCCCUCAGUGAGUGUAAUUCAGGGAGGGUGACCUCACUGAAGUGUCUGGAGUGUGGCUCCAGACCCAGAUACUCGCCUCGGAUUGUCGGUGGGAAUCUCUCAGCGGCCGGCCAAUGGCCUUGGCAGGUUAGUCUUCACCUGGACGGGCAGCACCUGUGUGGAGGAUCCAUCAUAUCCUCGCUGUGGAUAGCGACUGCUGCGCACUGUGUCGUCGAGUUUAUAUUUCUCUCCUCGUGGAAAGUAUAUGUUGGCAUCAUAGAGCAGCCUCUGACGGAAAGUUCGUCGUACAUUGUGGAAAGAAUCAUACACCACAAGAAAUACAAAGGCCACACUUACGAUUACGACAUUGCACUUAUAAAGCUGGAAACACCACUGACGUUUAACGAUUGGAUUCAGCCCAUCUGUCUCCCAAAUUCUGGUCAGGAAUUUCCGGAUGGCAAAGCCUGCUGGAUCUCAGGCUGGGGUCUGACAAAUGAAGGAGACGAAAUUUCCCUCAGUCUGAGAGAGGCUGAGGUUCCCCUGAUUCCCAAUCACAUCUGCAGCCAGCCUGAUGUUUACUACAAGAGAAUAAGCUCCAGAAUGAUUUGCGCUGGCUACCUGCAGGGAGGUGUUGAUACCUGUCAGGGAGAUAGUGGAGGGCCACUUGCCUGCAGUGAAGAGAGUGGAUGGAAAUUGGUCGGGAUCACAAGCUGGGGAGCAGGCUGUGCGAACCAGAACAAACCCGGGGUGUAUGCCAGGGUGACCGAAUACCUGGACUGGAUCCAUGAGCAAAUGGAGCUAUCUACCCUGUGCAAGCGCUUAAAUAAGAGCGUCAUACAUGUACAACUUACACCCAGUACACACGACUACUUUCUCUUUUUUGAAAUAAAAGAGUAA